AUGACCCUCCAACCCCUCCCUCUCCCAGCAGGCCUUACCAGCCGCACGGUCCAAACAACCGAUCUAAACAUCCACAUCAUAGAGGCUGGGCACACCCCAGCGAACGAUAAACCACUAAUCCUCCUUCUCCAUGGUUUCCCCGAGAUAGCCUAUUCCUGGCGCCGUGUGAUCCCCAAACUAGCAGCGGCAGGCUUCUACGUCGUCGCCCCUGACCAGCGUGGCUUCGGCCGCACCACAGGCUGGGACACGCGCAGCUACGAAGAGGCCGAUCUCUCAACCUUCUCACUCACUAGCCUAGUGCGGGACAUCAUCUACCUUGUGCAUGCGCUGGGCUACCGCUCUGUGCGCUGCGUCGCAGGCCACGACUGCGGCGCCGUAUCAGCGGCCAUGUGCGCCCUGAUGCGGCCGGAUUUCUUCCAAAGCGUUGCGCUCAUGAGCCAUCCUUUCAAUGGGAGUCCGGAGAUACCGUUUGAUACAGCAAAUGUAGACGCGGUGCGGGCUGGAUCUGAUAAGGCGGGUGGUGAGGGGUCGGCUGCUGCGGGGAUACAUGAGCAGCUUGCAAAGAUGGGACGCAAGCAUUAUAAAUGGUAUUAUUCGACUCGGGAGGCCGGGCCGGAGAUGUCGGAUCUAGGACCUGUGGAGAUGCAGCGGUUCUUGCGCGGAUAUUUCCAUCUGAAAAGUGGUUCGUGGUCGGGAAACCGGCCCCAUCCGCUGGAGAAAUGGUCUGCGGCUGAUUUGGCAAAGUUGCCUGGGUAUUAUGUUAUGCCGUUGGAGUUGUCGAUGCCGGCGACAGUGGCUCGGGAUAUGGCGCUUGAGCCAGAGAAUCUGGCCUCGCACUCGUGGCUGCCAGAUGAGGAGCUUGCUGUUUAUGCGGGUGAGUAUGGACGCACGGGUUUCCAGGGCGGUUUGAAUUGGUAUCGUGUUCACACCGCUGCUGGAGGUAAAUAUUCAAAGGAUUUGGAUAUCUUCGCUGGAAAGAAAAUCGAGCCGCCAUGUGCGUUCGUCUCGGGCAAGGUGGACUGGGGUAACUACCAGCAGCCUGGUGCCAUCGAGAAGAUGAAGAACGGGGUUUCGUGCGCUGACCUGCGUAUCCUUCGUCUUGUCGAUGGAGUUGGACAUUGGACCCCCCAGGAAUGUCCGGAUGAGGUGGCGCAGGCGAUUUUAGACUUGAUCGGAGACGUCCACGAGUGA